AUGGCAACCAAAAAACUGGCACGGCAGCUUGGAUUAAUUAGGCGAAAGUCAUUUGUACCAGCAAAUGGAAAUCUAGGAAGAAGCAAAUUCAACCAGUUGUUUGGUUACUUAAUUGUCAUUGAUUUUGAGUCGACGUGCUGGAAUGAUGGGAAGCCCCACCGUAGCCAGGAAAUAAUUGAAUUUCCCGCAGUAUUGUUGAACACAUCCACUGGAGAGAUUGAAUCUGAGUUCCAUGUUUAUGUUCAGCCUCAGGAACAUCCAAUUCUUUCUGAAUUUUGUAUGGAACUGACAGGCAUAAAGCAGGUUCAAGUUGACAAUGGGAUCCCUCUGAAGAUUUGCUUAUCACAGUUCUGUAAAUGGAUUAAUAAGAUUCAGCAACAGAAGAAAAUUUUUUUUACUACUGGAGCUUUGGAUCCUUCUAGUUCUGAAGUGAAAUUAUGUGCCUUUGUUACUUGGUCAGACUGGGACUUGGGGGUUUGCCUGGAGUAUGAGUGUAAAAGGAAACAGCUGUUGAAACCUGUCUUCUUAAAUUCUUGGAUCGAUCUCAGAGCAACUUAUAAGCUUUUCUAUAGGAGAAAGCCAAAAGGACUAAGUGGUGCCUUGCAGGAAGUGGGAAUAGAAUUCUCAGGACGAGAGCACUCUGGGUUGGAUGAUUCUCGGAACACUGCUCAUCUUGCUUGGAAAAUGAUCAGGGAUGGUUGCCUAAUGAAAAUUACUAGAUCCUUGAAUAAGGUGCCCACUAAGAGGAAUACCAACAUUUUGGCCAGAAAUUUGAAGAUGAAUCAGGUUGAAGAAACUUCUGACUGCAACAGUAGAAUUCAGGAUCCCAUGAUAUGUGCUAAGGAUCCUAAGAUUACUACAAAUUCUGAUGGAAACGUUGACAUGAAAUUGGCUUGUGUGGAUUCUUCCGUAAAGGUCCAGCAAGAUCAGUUACAAGUAAAGAGCAAUCUGAGAGCAGGUCUUUAUAACAUCAACAGCUGUCUGUCUGCUUUCAGAAGGAAGUCCUGUACUUCUCUGGGGCAGCUGCAGUCUCCCAGCUUCAGUUCACCUACUGACAUGCCAAAGCAAACAAAAAGUGGACACCUUGCAGUUAAUGCUGCAUCCAAUGCUGCAUCCAGCUCUUCAUCGGUUGGUUCCGGGCUGGUACUUGUUUCUACUACUGUUUCUUGUGUUAAUCAUGUUUCUGAUACGGAAAUGAGUUGUGCUCUUGACUGUUUACCUAUGUUGGCUGACUGGGAGGAUGUAGCUUUACUGCCAGCAUCUCAGCCAGAGCAAAAUACAGCAUGUAUAUUUCCCACGAGUGACUCAAAUGUAAACCCUUCAUUUCAUCCUGGAGAAGGGCUAAUGGUUUUACAAGAGCCUGAAAUGCUAGAUUGUGAAAACUUUACGGGUACAGAGGAAAUACCUCAAAAAUCUGAGACCUCUAAAUCUAUUGUAUACAAGAGCCCUCAUACUACUAUAUACCAUGUAAAAAAAGUCACAGACUCAGUUUCAAAUGCUUCUGCCUUUAAGUUACCUGAACCCAAAUCAUGUACUUUCAACAGUGUUAAUGUCACUAUGUCUCAUUCUUCAGCUGUGGGGAGACAUCCUCUUUUAGGCAGUACUAAAAGGAGCCCAUCCAGUCCCCCAGCUUUCCCACUAGCAAAAAAGCAGACCUUCACUAUUCAUGAAGAGAAGCCGACAUUAUCUGAUUGCUCCCCAGUGAGAAGUACCUCUCGGAAGAGUCUCCCCUCUGUCUUAACGUCUACAGUGAACCUACAACAGCCUUGGGUGAGUGGGAAGAUGACCCCUCCUUUAUGCAAGUGUGGCCGGAGAUCUAAGAGACUUGUUGUUUCUAAUAAUGGACCAAACCAUGGAAGAGUCUUCUAUUGUUGUCCAAUUGGAAAAUACCAAGAAAACAAAAACCAAUGUGGUUAUUUCAAAUGGGAACAGGCACUUCAGAAGGAGAGAGCCAACAAUACGGUUUUGUCUCAUUCUCCUGGGGGACACGCUUUUAGUUCUACAGAAAAAAGCCCUAUUUCUAACAGAAAUAGAAGUUUUUCUACUAAAAAUGUGUUGAAACUAAGACCUUCAAUGAGGAGUUGA